UGCCAUCAUAUGAUUUUAAAUGUGAUCAAAGUGUUUUAAUUUAAUCGCGUCCGUAUAUAUAAAUUCUUCAUAAAAACAAGUUAAUAUAUAUAUAUAUAUAUAGUUAAUAUAUAUAUAGAAGUUAUUUCAAACGCAGAAACAAAAAUAUUUGUUCACCUUACCAAAAAUUUGUUGCAAACCAAUGAUGACAGUGAUGGUGCCUUCGUGCUGCCAGAAUAUUUUUAUUUUUAGUAUUUUAGUGAUUUUCUCCUUGCCAUCUUGCUCUUCGUUGGCCUCCUCUGUUUGCCAGAGCAGUAGAGAUUGGUGCAGAAAUAGACAGUUUGCUAGGAGGUGUCAGGUUGAGCUUCAAUGUGAAAAAUACGUCUGGAGAGGCAGUCAGCCACCAAACAAUGAGGAGGAUGGUGAUGCAAAUAACAAGAAAAAUAACAAUGUUGGUGAAGAUGAUGAUGAAAAUGAUAAACAUUACUAUGGAGAUGAUGAUAAAGUAGUUCUUGGGUUCUAUUAUGAAACUUUGUGCCCUGAUUGCAAGAAUUUGUUUGCCAGUCAACUGAUCAAAACUUACAAAGAUCUUUCAUCCAUUUUAGAGCUAGAUCUUGUUCCAUAUGGGAAUGCUGAAGAGGUGUGGAAUCAUGACAGAUGGGAUUUUUUAUGCCAGCACGGACCCGAAGAAUGCCACAUCAACAUGAUCCACUCUUGUGCUCUGGACAUCUACCCAUUCAACCUGACGUUUGCCUUCCAUGCUUGCACAGAAACUACAAAAUUAUUUUUGGAACAAUGUGCCACAAAAUACGGACUGGACCUUGCUGCCCUUGAGAAAUGUGGGUCGAGUAGUCAUGGAAACCAGCUGGAACACAUGAUGGCCGACAAGACUGACAACCUCAACCCUCCCCACCAAUACGUGCCCUGGAUCACCAUCAACGGGCAACAUACAGACAGCAUUCAGGAGCAGGCUGAAAGAGACAUGGUAUCAUUGGUCUGCAGAGCUUAUAAGGGUUCCAAGAAGCCAGCAGCCUGCAGUGAUGGUAAAGCAAGGAGAUGUAGGAAGAUCUAGAAAUUUAAACCUCAAUUCAAAUCAAUGUCAUGUUUGUUUUUGUGUAAUUUUUAUAAAAAAUAUCCAGUUGACAAUAGUGCCUUGAUGGUUUGUGUAUUUUUGAAAACGUUAUUUUUAUUAUAAAUUUAAUCAGAAAAAAAUUUCGGUCUAGUAA